AUGCGCCACCACGGCGAGCAAGCUGUGAGCGAGGACUUGCCAGUGUGGAUGUGGAUCAACAGGACGUUCGCGCUCGUGUUUAUCCUGGAAAUCGCACUGCGCGUCGCCACUGAAGGUAUUUCUUUCUUCCACUGGAGGAACAAGGGCUUCGGGUGGAACGUCUUCGACUCUCUGAUCGUGGGGUCGUCUAUCGCAGAAGAGAUCGCUGCGCUGGCCUUUUCCACCAGGCGCACCCGCUUGUCCUCGGUCCGUGUAGUCCGCGUGCUCCGACUGGUGCGCGCGUUGCGUGUGAUCAGAGUCUUGCGCUUCUUCCGUGAGCUCCGCAUCAUGGUAUCUGGGAUCAUGAAUUGCGGCAAGUCGUUGCUCUGGGCAUCGUUGCUAAUUGCAAUCAUGACCUAUACCUUUGCCGUGGUCUUCCUGCAGUCUGGCUUCGCACACCUCCAGGAUUCUGAUAACGUGCUGGUGCAUGGGGCGACCCCCAGCUCGGACUGCCCUUAUGCCACGGCGGCGGAGUGCAACAUCCUGAAGAACUUCGACUCGCUCCCUGGAGGCAUGUACACCCUGUUCAAGGCCAUGUCUGGCGGCUCCUCCUGGGGCGACGUCUCCGACGACCUGGCAGAGAUCAGCCCUCUGGUCACCUUCGCCUUCUGCGUGUACGUCAUGCUGGCGGUCUUCGUGGUUCUGAACGUGAUCACGGGGGCUGGCGAAUUUUUGUCGAUUCAGCUCAGCGUGUGUCUGACGACGAAGCGACUCGGAUUCUUGACAACAUACAAAGGAAGUCGAUCUGGAUCCGGAACGCCAAGGAGCUGUUCAAGAUCCUCGACACCCAUAACGAGGGCGUACUUCAUUGGAGCGACAUCGAAAGGCUGUUCACCGACGAGAGGGCCCAGACCUGUUUGCAGGAGUUCGGGAUCGACCUCGACUUCCAGAGCACCCAGGUCCUCUUCACCCUCUUCGAUUCCUCGGGCACUGGCGUCAUCUCCGAGGACACCUUCGCAAAAACGCUGUACCGGCUCCAAGGUGGUGCGCGAAGCCUGGACCUGUGCCGUAUUCACAACACCGUGUGCAGCAUGCACAAGAGCCUCAAACUUGCGAAUAAGAGGGUGGACACCCUGGCCAGUCUGA